AUGGCCAGCGCAUUCGUGGGCACGUGGAACCUGAAGGAGAGCGUGAAAUUUGAUGAAUACAUGCAGGCGCUGGGUGAGUUACUGUUUUAAUUCAGUUUAAGUGCAGAGAAUACAUCCAUGUGAGCCUGUGCGCAUGCGCGUGUCUCAGGAGAGGAUGCAGUGUGACAGUGCAGCGUGCGAGCACGUGAAAAAGGGGCUGGGGGUUGAGAACCGCGGUGUUUAACCUGAGCUAGGUGACUGGAAACGAAUGAGGGGAGGCAACAAAGAUGGAGAAUGAUGUAAAAGAGAAGGAAUAGAAAUUUGUGACUCAGAGAGCGAAGAAAAAGAGGAAGAGUGGCUGACCGCAUGGCCUAAAUGCUGGAAACAAGGGAGGGGCUCCAGCUCAAUGGUGGAAGAAAGAGGACCACACUGUGGGAACUCUGAAUGGCAGCACACACACACACACACACAGACACACACUUGAGCGCAACAUGAAUGACCUUAGCUGAAAGCUGCUCAUUGUUUGAGGCUAUGGGAGGAAUAUUAAGAUGGUCCCUGAGCCAAACCAGCAGCAGCCACUGGGAGGACAAAGUGGGCUUUAAAAUAUUUCACACAUAGUUCAGUGUGAGUGAGAUGGGGUCAGGUUCCUCUGGGUUUUACAACUAAGUGACAAUGAACUAUUUCAGUGUGUGUGUGAGUGCGUGGACACACACUGCACAUGAGUUAGAAAGAUUCAUGCUUAUUGACCUCACCAUGGUACCAUCGACCUGUCUGCUGAUCACCAUAGAAACCAAAGACCUCAAUAACCUCCAGCUCCACUUCACUUGAUCAAUAAGGCGUUUGCACACACAGUGGCUUUUUGUCAUAUUGAUCAUGGAAACCUACCUCCUCUGUUUGAGAUGAACCGGAUUGACAGGCUGCCGAAUAGAGCACGUUUUCUGCCGUACAAACAGAGAGGGUGUGUGAGUGGCUUUCCCCCAAUGAAAAUGAACCAUCUUGAUCCUUUUAAGGCGCACACCAUGAAAGAAAAUGAGUCAUCAUUUUGUACAUCACACAUGCCCAGACAGGCCAGCCAGGUCAAUGUGAGACACCAAGCCAAACCGUGAUAAGAGGGUUUGUAAGCUGUAGAAGACCCCAGAGGCAAAUUUGCUGUCAGUGUGUCCAUAUUUAAUCGAUCUAACAGGAAAUAUCUCAACAACCUAUCGCCUUAAUGACCCCCUGGGGAUUUCUCUUCUAAUUAUUUGUACCCUUUCCCUUCAAAAAGCGCUAUCUUGUAGUGAAAUUUGCUGCUUUUAGCAAAGUAUUUUACCAAAUAUUAAAGUAACCACCUUCAACUUUGGUACCAGCACUAUGUUUCAUGUUUCAUUUCAACACUUUCAAAGUUUUCUCCUUUUAUCAAAUAUUACAACUUCUGCAGAUUGAAUGGUAAACUUCCCUCUAGUUUUUCUUGCAUGCAAAGAAAGUUUAGAAAAUUCUUUAAUGCAGCCUUAGAACAUGUGUCCUUGCAUGUUAGAUUUUUAAGAGAUAACCAUGCAGUUCUUGUGUCUCUCCUGUUUUACACAGAGAAAUGAACUUGUCGCUGCCUGAUGGACAACCUUUUAAUGUCUGUUUGUUCUUUUUCCCUCUGUCUUGUCACCAUCAAGCUGCAACUGAAAUUUUGCCUGUUCAUGAUUUAUGACAAACUAUGGCUAGACUUGCGUUGUUUCGAUAAGCCUCAGCUUGUGCUUUGCAUGUGAUGUGAGCAUUUAGCCUAAUGUGUUCUCUCGUUUGUGAUGUUUCUUCAGGUGUGGGCUUUGCUACACGCAAAAUUGGCAACUUUACCAAGCCAACCACCAUCAUUGAGGUGGCAGGUGACACAGUGACCGUGAAGACACAGAGCGCCGUGAAGAACACAGAGCUCAACUUCAAGCUCGGGGAGGAGUUUGACGAGGUCACAGCAGAUGACAGGAAAGUUAAGGUGAGAGGUCAAGGUAGAAAGACAUAGGAGCAUGAACAUUUGGAAGCAGCAAGUAUUAUUCAGUACUUAUAGAGUCUUGAAGUUAAUGAGGAAAGACUGAAAUGACACAAAUCCUGUCACAAAAGUUUUAAUAAAAUCCAUGAUUGUGUUAUUAAAUCAGAUCAUUUUGCGGUGAAUCUGAGCAGGGGGACUUGCAUCAGAGAGGUAAAGGGUGAAAAAUGGGGAUAAAGAUGAUUAUUUCACACUACAAAAUCAGACCUUCAAUACAGCAGGGUUAGUUUAUCCUCAUUUGGAAGGCAGGGAGGAUUGACCUGUGCUAAAAAAAGGAGUAGAUAUUCUAAAAGACGAAGUGUCAGACCUUGAGAAAGACUAAAGCAAGUAAUAGCGUUAUUGAAAACAAGAAGUUGUUUAAAUAUUGAUCAACCUUGUUUUACUCAAUGAACUUGUCGCUUAAUUCAGUCACUGGAAAUUUUACUAUGGAAAAAAAAAAGAGAUGGGGUUGUCUGAACAUCAGGGGUGUCUUAUUUUUGGGCCAAUACAGUUCUGUCAUUCAUUAAAAGUAAAGUUAGAAAAUAAAAUGAUCUGUAUAUUCUAACAAACUCUCCCUUUUUUCUUUUUUACUCCAGUCCACCGUAACAAUAGAGGAUGGGAAGCUGGUGCAUGUACAGAAGUGGAACGGCAAAGAGACGAGUCUGGUCAGGGAAGUCAACGGCAACAAGCUCACACUGGUAAGACCUCCACUUUUCAACAUUUUAAAACGUCCUAUAUGUGUCUUUUCUGUGCUUGAACUUGAUUUUUUUUCCCCUUUCCUCUUCACAGACACUCACAUUGGGAGAUAUUAUUUCUACACGUCAUUACGAGAAAGCAGAGUAA